AUGUAUUCCACCGGAAAACCCGACUUCAAUGUGAGCACAUCACUCGUUCGAGCAGCUCAAGUCCUCAACGUGGGCUCAUCGACCACGGGUAUCAUCGACGUGAACGUGCUGUACCGACCAAACACAUCUUUGGCCAUGCAAGAUGAUGUCAAAAUUGUCGAGGCGAACGGCCACUUGAAGUGUUUCGAGUUUAAAAAUCCAUGUUACUGGCUGAAAAACAUUACCCUGGCGGAGGACUGCCCGAGUGCCAACGUCCUACUCUACCGUAUUAACGACGGAGUGAAAUUAAAAAUCAUAAGCACGAUACAACCAGGAGAGCCGUUACGCAUGUGGUUCGGAGAGUGUACUCGCACUUUAUUCAAAAUUCCGUUGUUAGAAACAACCCACAUGAAAGAACAGAACAUCUACACCUGCGACAUCUGUAACAACAGCUUCUCAUUUCCGAAUGCAUUGAAGCUGCAUUUGGCGCUAGAUUGCCACCAUUUGAAGCACAGCCACAUCUGGACACUCCUGGCGAACAAAAUCGCAUACAUCCCGAACUUGGACCAAGAUAAACCUUUAGAUCUCAGCGUCCUGACGACUCAACAACCCAAUAACAGAACCGCAAGCUUCCAGAUAAAUUCACUGCUCGCUCUCAAUCCAGUCUCGUCGCCGGCCUUCGACAAGAUGGACCCUGCGGAAGUGGAAAAGAGCAUCAAAAAUAUCGACCCGUUGCCGGACGGGAAGAGUUACGAGUGCAUGUUCUGCAAGCGCGUGAUCUCCGGGAAAUACAAUCUGAAGAUUCACAUCCGCACGCAUACUGGUUACAAGCCGCUUCAUUGUAACAUUUGCAAUCACAGCUGGAGAGAUCCUAGCAACUUCAACAAGCACCUGAUACGACACGGGGUACGCAAGAGCCGUUACAACUGCAGCAUCUGCAGCAAGAUCUUCAUCAGGAAGGGAGAUUUUAAGAAACACAUGCAGGCUAAGCACUUAGACGCGCAUAAUGACGAAAUGAUCGCGAGAUCAACACCGAAACGAAAGCAUCACGUACGCAGAUAG